AUGGCGUGGCCACGAUGCGCGACCACCUUGCUGCGGCGGAGGUACCACGACGUGAAAUUGCCGCCGGACCACCCAGCUAAGUGCCCGCAGAUCCCAGACAACCCUCUCCGAGCACCAGUGAGCACCCCCGGGCCAAGGCUGGUACUCCACCGCCCCGUGAGAGCAAUGCGGUGGCGCGUCCUUCACCCACCCAUGGCGCGACACGGUUGCAAGAAGUUUCAGGGGGAAGAUGGCCUGACAGCGCGGGGCCCUCGUGGCAGUGUCCAGGCGCGCGCGCAGACCCCAGCUGAGGCCGCUGACCUGUGGGCCACACGACACGGUGAACCCCCGCGCGGGAGAAAAGGAGAUCCGGCUACCUGGGCACGCCAUCCGACCUCCCUGCGAACCUCUGUAUCGGCCGAUAUUCCUCAAGAACACAGUGCAAACAGUAACACAUCAGCAAGUUCGAGACUGCCAAAAAUAUGCAAGGCAGCUGGCUGGAAAGAACCAUCAUUUGACUUUGAAGAACAAGGACCUCCGCAUAACAGAGUAUUCACAUGCAAGGUGACCGUCCACCUGGAUGAACUGGUCAACACCAUUAUGGAGUGUUUCAGCGACCCCAAACCUAAGAAGAAAGCUGCACGGGAGAACGCCGCACAAGGGGCAUUAUGGUGCCUUGAGCGCUCUGGUUAUGUCAAGUCAUCUUCAGAUGUUCCUGACCUGUGCGGCCAUCAGCCCUUCUGCUAGCCAGAUCUACCCUUGUAGGAGUAUUAAUGUUGGUAGACGGGUGCAGCUUGUUGCUGUGGCACAGUGGUUAUCCAUGCACUGAUGCCAUGAUACUCUUGAGAAGUUGAGUCCCUUAUGAAUCUUGAGCCGGCUGUGUUGGCUCGUGUACCUAGUCUCUAGCUCGUUUGGUUACAUGCCCAACGCCUGCACUUGUACUGUGUAAAAUACUGAACUCCGGCGAUCAAUGCAAUCAAACUGGAACUCCUAGCCGAGCUCUGUCUUGCAAUUC